UCUGAUCUGACAGGUUUUGUCAGUAGAACAAGUUUAUUACUACCUGCUUUCUGCAGUUGCUCCUGUAUGCAAUCCAAUUCAUAACAUUUCAAGGUUGCCUUAGAAAAAACAAGCAUACACUCAAAACCAAUACAAUACUGCAUUUAAGCUUUGCAGGGGAGAAAAAAAAUCAUCCAUAAACAUGAACACAGUGGCACAAGGUUUAUUUCUGUGUUUGACUGCUGCUGCCAUUUAUUUGUUAUUUUUCACUUCUCCAAAAAAGACUGCUAACCAUCUUUCCAGAGGCUGGGGUGAUGAAAUUGACUGGGUUCCAACAUAUGAGGAAGGUCUUGCAAAAUCAAAGUCGAAUAAGAAGCCUCUUAUGGUGAUUCAGCAUUUGCUCGACUGUCCCUACAGCAAAGGUCUGAAAGAAAAGUUUGCUGCAAAUGCAGAAAUCCAGAAAAUUGCAAAAGAACACUUUGUGAUGCUUAAUCUAAUUCAUGAGACUACUGAUAACAACUUGGCUCCAGAUGGAUAUUAUGUGCCACGCAUUAUUUUCAUUGAUCCUUCUUUAACAGUUCGGAAUGACCUUGUAGGGAAGCAUCCAAUAUAUAAAUACACUUACACUAAUGAAGAUAUACUACUAAUACUGGAAAAUAUGCAGAAUGCAAGAACAAUGCUCUACACAGAGCUAUAAAAGGCUAACAGCCUAAAGUCCAACCACACAACCUUCUUUUAUUUCCUUUGCGCCUAAUUUCUACAUUCAACACUCUGUGCCUGCACUCAGUGAAGUACGUUAUGCGAAAAGAAGUUGUAUUGUAUAUGAUCAAUAAAUAACUAUUUAAACUGUUUGUGUGGAAAGGGUUUUCUUUUUGUUAUCUUCCAUUGUAACAGCAGUAGCUGAUUUUGUGUAGAGAUGUCACCUGAUGGGGAAUUCAUGUUUUUAUAUCAGGUAAUAAUAAAUUAUAUUUGAUUCAAUCUUUGUGUGUGUGUGUGUGUGUGUGCACAUUGUGCCCAUUCCCCUGACUGUGUGUGAUUACAACUGGUAAUAAACUCUUAUCAUCAGUAGUUCA